GGAGGAGGAGCGGAGCGAACGGAGUGAGCGAGCCGCCGGGGCACCAUGGCCGACGUGGCGAUCGUCAAGGAGGGCUGGCUGCACAAGCGAGGGGAGUACAUCAAAACCUGGCGGCCCCGCUACUUCCUGCUCAAGAACGACGGCACCUUCAUCGGCUACAAGGAGCGGCCGCAGGACGUGGAGCAGCGCGAGUCGCCCCUCAACAACUUCUCCGUGGCACAAUGCCAGCUGAUGAAGACAGAGCGGCCUCGGCCCAACACCUUCAUCAUCCGGUGCCUGCAGUGGACCACAGUCAUCGAGCGCACCUUCCACGUGGAGACGCCCGAGGAGCGGGAGGAGUGGACCACAGCCAUCCAGACAGUGGCCGACGGGCUCAAGCGGCAGGAGGAGGAGAUGAUGGAGUUCAGAUCGGGCUCGCCCAGUGACAACUCGGGGGCCGAGGAGAUGGAGGUGUCCCUGGCCAAGCCCAAGCACCGAGUGACCAUGAACGAGUUCGAGUACCUGAAGCUGCUGGGCAAGGGCACCUUCGGGAAGGUGAUCCUGGUGAAGGAGAAGGCCACAGGCCGCUACUACGCCAUGAAGAUCCUCAAGAAGGAGGUCAUCGUGGCCAAGGAUGAGGUGGCACACACGCUUACGGAGAACCGAGUGCUACAGAACUCCCGGCACCCCUUCCUGACGGCCCUGAAGUACUCCUUCCAGACGCACGACCGCCUCUGCUUCGUCAUGGAGUACGCCAACGGCGGCGAGCUCUUCUUCCACCUGUCGCGGGAGCGGGUGUUCCCCGAGGACCGCGCCCGCUUCUACGGCGCAGAGAUCGUGUCGGCCCUGGACUACCUGCACUCGGAGAAGAACGUUGUCUACCGGGACCUCAAGCUGGAGAACCUGAUGCUGGACAAGGACGGCCACGUCAAGAUCACUGACUUCGGGCUGUGCAAGGAGGGCAUCAAGGACGGGGCCACCAUGAGGACCUUCUGCGGGACGCCUGAGUACCUGGCGCCCGAGGUGCUGGAGGACAAUGACUACGGCCGGGCCGUGGACUGGUGGGGGCUGGGCGUGGUCAUGUACGAGAUGCUGUGCGGCCGCCUGCCCUUCUACAACCAGGACCACGAGAAGCUCUUCGAGCUCAUCCUCAUGGAGGAGAUCCGCUUCCCACGCACGCUCAGCCCCGAGGCCAAGGCCCUGCUGUCUGGGCUGCUCAAGAAGGACCCCAAGCAGAGGCUUGGAGGGGGCUCGGAGGACGCCAAGGAGAUCAUGCAGCACCGCUUCUUCGCCGGCAUCGUGUGGCAGGACGUGUACGAGAAGAAGCUCAGUCCACCCUUCAAGCCCCAGGUCACCUCGGAGACAGACACCAGGUAUUUUGACGAGGAGUUCACCGCCCAGAUGAUCACCAUCACCCCGCCUGACCAAGAGGACAGCAUGGAGUGUGUGGACAGCGAGCGGAGGCCGCACUUCCCCCAGUUCUCCUACUCAGCCAGCGGCACGGCCUGAAGGGGGCCCACCAGGUGCCGGCUCCGUGGACCAGGAGGGCACCGCAUGGACAGCCUGCAUCAGACGUCGCUCUUUCCGGCCUCAUGCUUGGAUGGGAGGACUUCCGUGCUGUGAGCGGGGCGCGCCUGGCCGUUCAGGAGGAGGGCUGUCCUGCGGUUUUUCUUAAUUUAUUUCAUCCAGUUUUCCGGACGUGGCCUUGGCCUGCAGACGGCAAGGCUCACGAAGGAAGUGCUGAGGACCUCUGUAGCCAAGUGCAGCUGGGCUCCGGGCAGCUCCCCAGCCCCUCGCAGCCGCCCCCGGUUGUGACCUGUCCGUGCUUGACCCAGAGGCCCCAGAAGCAGCCGGACUGUGGCGGGCUGGCCUAGCCCCUCCCUCGGGUCGGAGCACAUGGCAGCCCCUCAUGGCAGCCCAAGGACUGAGGCCCCCGUGGCAGGCUCGGGGCUGGGCUGAAGCUCACCCCAGGGCAGGCGCAGGUGCAGACCUGCUGCGGCGCGUCCCACAGUUCGUGUGCAGUCGGCAGCGUGGUCCCACAGAGGCCGGCCCCGCCCUGCCCCUCUCUUCGGGACGUCCCACCAGCGGCCCCUGUAGCACCUGGCUCUAGAGCAGCCUCACAUCCCCACUGCCCCACCCGACGCCCCUGCAGGGCGGUCACUGUGUCCUCCUGGCCAGACACUGUACUGCACCAUGGUGUUUUUUACAUUCAACUUUAGUAUUUUUACUAUUACAAUGAGACUGUCCCUCCAAACCCCUCAAUAAAAACGGCUUUUCAACUUCAA